AUGGCCGAAGAACAAUUCGGCCGCUUCCAUCGGUGGCUGAACAGUGGAAAUCUGGAGACUGUCUCCCGCGGCCAGGUAAAGUACCUUGACUUUGCCGAGAAACCCAGCAAGGCCAUCGGCGCCCUUUCGCUUGGGCUGGACUUCAUCGUGAUCAUCGCGUCAGUACAAAUGGCAGUUCUCGGCUUUAUCCCCACCAAGGCCUGCAAUGUAAUCGGAUUUGAGGCUUGCGGUGAUGGCAGAGAUCAUAUCGACAUCAUGAUGGAGCAGAUUUCGGUUCAAUGGGAGCGAGGCGAAUACCUUGGCUACUUCGACCAGACUCUUGAAAACGCCAAAGCCUUUGUCAUCGGCGCGCUCGUCAACGGAAAGGACCCUCGGCCCGACCAGACUCUCGCAAUGAUGAAACACCUUACCAGCUUGGGCCUAAACCCCCGUCUUGAGUGGUUCGGCACUCCCAAAGCUGAACAUGUAUCCGACCGAGGCACCAUUAUCGUUACCUGUCCCGACAACCGACCACCCAACGUGUUCAUUGACGGAUAUUGGAAGUAG